CCAUUUCCAAUUACGGAAAUCAAACCUUUUUUUUCUUUCUCAGCCACAAAAGCCAUGAAACUGAAUUUCAACAUAAUAUGUUUCUCCUUGUUGUUAUGGACAACAUUGUUGGCCACUGCUACAAACUCGGAUGUAGCUUCCGUCAGGGCUGCCUUGUUGGCUCUUCGAGCAACUGUGGGUGGACGCCCACUUUUAUGGAAUCUGUCAAGCAGCGCAUGUAAUUGGACUGGUGUACUUUGUGCGCAAAACAGAGUAGUGGAGUUAAGACUCCCCGGAAAGGGUCUGUCAGGUCAGCUUCCCAUUGCCAUUGGCAACUUAACACAGCUUCGUACCCUUUCGCUUCGUUUCAAUGCUCUAUCCGGGCCGAUGCCGUCCGGCUUCGCCAAGCUUACUUCCCUUCGGAACCUAUACUUACAAGGGAAUCGAUUUUCCGGUGACAUCCCUGCCUUCUUGUUCUCUUUGCGUAACUUGAUUAGACUUAAUCUCGCAAACAAUAAUUUCGCGGGUACAAUCCCUGCUAGUUUUAACAAUUUGACUGGGUUGGCUACUUUGUAUUUGGAGAACAAUCACUUAUCUGGGUCAAUACCAGAUAUUGGCUUGCCUGCACUUGUGCAAUUUAAUGUUUCUUUUAAUCGGUUAAACGGAUCGAUCCCGAAAGGUUUAUCAAGCAGGCCGAAAACUGCAUUUGAAGGGAAUUCUUUAUGUGGGGAGCCUUUGGUUUCUUGUAAUGGAACUGAAAAUAGUGGCACUGCCAGUAAAUUGUCUGGUGCAGCCAUUGCUGGUAUUGCUGUUGGUUGUGUGAUGGUUGUUUUGUUCACGUUGAUUGUUUUAGUAUUUUUAUGUAAAAGGAAGGGUUCUACGAAAACGGAGACAAGGAUUAUCGCUCCUCCGAGACAGGGCGAGGAUAAAGCAACAGGGGAGAGUGAUGCCAUUGCUAAGAGUAGUCGGAGUAAAAAACUGGUGUUCUUCGGUAACGCAUCUAGGUUAUUCGAUCUAGAGGAUUUAUUGAAGGCUUCUGCUGUGGUGUUGGGGAAGGGAACAUUUGGGACGGCCUAUAAGGCCACUAUGGAGAUGGGGGUGGUUGUUGCAGUGAAGAGGUUAAAGGAUGUGAUGGCAUCGGAGAAGGAAUUCAAGGAAAAGAUGGAGGUCGUUGGAGCCAUGGAUCACCCGAAUUUGGUCCCAAUGAGGGCCUAUUACUUCGGUGCGGACGAGAAACUCGUUGUUUACGAUUACAUGCCGAUGGGAAGCUUGUCUGCACUUCUUCAUGGUAACAGAGGAGCUGGAAGCAGUCCAUUGAAUUGGAACACAAGGUGUGGCAUUGCCCUUGGAGCUGCCAGAGGCGUUGCAUACCUACAUUCUAAGGCACCAGGAAUCUCCCAUGGAAACAUCAAAUCUUCAAAUAUCCUACUCACUACGACCUAUGAUGCUCGAGUAUCUGAUUUCGGUCUUGUUCAGUUUUCCGGCCCCUCAUCAACUCCCAACCGUGUCGAUGGCUACCGUGCUCCGGAAGUAACCGAUGCUCGCAAAGUUUCCCAAGAAGCCGAUGUCUACAGCUUCGGCAUACUGCUUCUCGAACUGCUUACUGGAAAAGCACCCACACAUGCCUUAUUGAAUGAGGAAGGAGUAGACCUUCCGAGAUGGGUUCAAUCCAUAGUUCGAGAGGACUGGACAGCAGAGGUGUUCGACCCCGAACUUGUGAGAGACCAGAACGUGGAGGAGGAAAUGGUCAAGCUUCUACAGCUUGCCGUCAAUUGCACGGUUCAAUAUCCGGACAAACGUCCUUCGAUGUCCGAGAUGAUAACCCGAAUCGAGGAGCUCCAUUGCCAUGGCCCCGAAAGAGAGACUCAGCAAAUUCAUGACCCAACCGAUGGCUCUUCCGAGCAGACUUAGUUGGUGCAGGUGGUCCAACAUCUGCUGCAAAGGAUUAAAAAUAUCAACAAUCUUAGUUUCUUCGACAUAAGUGAUUGUUUAUUCUUAGG